UAGCAUUGAAGAAGUAAUUACAAAAUUUGCUCAGUUAACACCUCAAGAAAGAGCGAAGAGGAAGUUAGAAAGCCUCGAAGCACUGAAGAAAACUUUUAAGAAGCUGGACCACGAUGUUAAUAUACCAGAAUUUCUGGGUACAAGGUAUGCUCUUGUUGAUGACCUGACUAGCCAAUCAAGGCUUCUGCAGAAUCAACUAUCUGAUGUGCAUAAGAGGCUGAGCUACUGGACCAAUCCAGAUAAGAUCAACAGUAUAGAGCAUUUGGGGCAAUUGGAAAAUUCACUCACGGAAUCACUUAACCGGAUUCGAUCACAUAAGGAAAACUUGGGAAAACAGCAUCUUAUGUCACUAGAAUGCCAUGGUCAGUUUCAAAGUGGGAUGCAUGUACCUUUCAGAAUGGGUGCGGAGCAGCAGAUCCCGCAUCUUCCUUGGCUUCCUAACAAUGACAGUCAACAUAUUAUGUUACCAGAGGAUCCAAAUCUGCUUCCCCACAGGGAUGCUGAGUGCACUGCAAGCACCUCUUUUGGGAGUUAUUCUGGUUACUUUGGUGCAGGAAAAAAUUCAGAACUAUCUAGUUCUGGUCAAGAAAGUGGUAUGAAUGGUAUUCUUGAUGAGUUAAAUGGAACUGCACCAUUGAGGCUACAGUUGGCUGGGCAGUACCCUUACCUGCCAGGGUCAUACAAUCUGAAUUUGCUGAACGAUACAAAAUUCCAACCUGCAGCAGAGAUGAACGUACAAAAAAGCCCUGGGGAUUUUAAUGCUAGUGGAAGUUUUGAAGCUUCCAAACCUGGGUAUGACUCUGUCCAUUGUGGUUGGGCUUCUACCCCAGGAUCGUGUGCUGUUACUAUGUUUGAUGACCAUUUGUAUUCUCGGCAAUUGGUCAGUUGA